CCUCACGGAUAAAAAGACGAAUCAGACGAAGUUUUUAUCGACUAAAGAGACGAAGAUACGAAGAAGAUCAGGUUGUAUCAUUGUGAGGAGAUGAAGCUGAUUGUGUUGUUGUGCGUCGUCGCUCUGAUCUCGGUUGAUUGUCGACCUGCCGUGGCUCCUCCCUCCCACCGUCGGCCCCUCCUCUCCCAGCCGCUGCUGCUCCACCUGGGGGAGGAGUUUUCCCUGCAGCUGGCGGGAGGCUCCUCCUCUUCAUCAGUGAACCAGGCUCUGCUGGAGCUGACACAGCGCCCCCUGCAGGCCGGGGGGAAGGAGAAGAGGCUGGAGGAACCCCCCAUCUCCCUGGACCUGACGUUCCACCUGCUCAGGGAGGUUCUGCAGAUGGCGAGGGCCGAGCAGAUCGCCCAGCAGGCCGACAGCAACCGCAGGAUGAUGGACGCCCUGGGGAGAUAGAGAUCAUGUGACGGAGUUCACUCUCCUCAACAAGUGACGCUGACG